AUGGCCCUCCUCUGGCUGGCCGUGCUCCUGACACUCAUCUGCCACUCAAUGACCACGGACCACGCCAUCUCCGAUCCAGACCCACCGAUUACGAACUUAAGGAUAGAUCCACAAAGACAAAGAUUGGUCUGGGACCAGCAUGGGAAUGUUUCCGAAAUUGGGUGUUACGUCAAUUCAAAACUUUUAGCAAAGGCAAACGGGAAGCUCUAUUGCAGUCUCGGUGACUUGUCAUGUGAAGUAAAAAACUACACCGUGAAGGUGAUGAAUGGUCAACCGUUCUCUGCUUGGAUUCAGUAUCCGAAGCAAGGCAACCCCUGGGCGGCCGCGGACAACCUGACCUGCCGGGUGCACGACGUGGAUCAGCUCAGCUGCAGCUGGGCGGUAGGCAAGGAGGCCCCGGAGAACGUGCAAUACUACUUCUACUUGAAGCAUUCCCUGGAGACGUGGCCGUGUCCCAAGUACAUGCAGAACCAGCAGGGCGUCAACGUCCAGUGCCAUUUUGACAGCAUCUCCCUUCAACCUCAACCUCAACGGAGCCAACCUCUGUUCCGUUUCCUGGUGAAUGGUACCAGCGGUGGUUCCAAAAUCCCCUGCCGCGAAACGCUUCAUAGAUUACAAGAAAUUGAAAUAUUAGCUGCCCCAAACAUCACAAAAACGUGGUGUUACGAAAACUACUCGUUCAUGGAAUGGGAAGUAAGGAGUCUCUUUACUGAAGACCUCAAGUAUGAACUUGAGAUACGGAAGGGCACGGACCUCGCCUACAGAGAGGAGACGGAGCUCGAGACCUUGAGGCUGAGGAACCCGGGGCCCUACACGGUGAAGGUCAGGGCCAUGGACUCUGUGUUCUUCAGGAGCAGACCGCAGGGCCAGUGGAGCGCCCCGCAGCACCUCGACUGUGACCGCAAGGACGCGUCCUUCCCGCUCUGGCUGGUGUACCUGCUGGCCCCGCUUGGGGCGCUGCUCCUGGUGGGGCUCCUGUUUCUCUGUCGCAGGUGGCCGGUGAUGCGGAAGCUGUUCCCGCGUGUCCCUCACGUGAAAGACCCCAUCGGCGACAGCUUUCAGAAUGAGAGGAUGGUGGCCUGGGACCCGGAGCCGGAGAGCCAGGAAGAGUGUCCGGUGACCCAGGUGCAGGUGUUGGAAACAUGA